AGGUCACCUUAUAUGGAUUCGUAUUGAACACAUCCAUGCGAAUUCGUUUUCAUGAUAUGUGGACCGACGUAAUCGAUACACUGUUGAAAUAAAUAAAUCGAUCCUUUUUCAUCCACCGUCAUAUUUAUUUCAACGAACCGACAAUUCGUAAUGGGCUUUUGAAGAAGCUGGGAUAAAAUUUACCCAGUCUAUAAGAUACGCGUCAACGACCUUUGGAAUAGAUGCACAAUUCCACACGGAAAUUGAAUGACCCGUUCUACUGCAAUAUAAACAGUAUAGUACCGUAUUUAAAAAUAUAUAAAAGGGAGCAAUGAAGAGAGAAGAGUGUAUUGCACUCUGUCCGAGGAAACUGAUAAGAGACAAUAAAACUGAUAGCCGUAGCAAAUUACCAAAAAUCUAAUCGAAACUAUAAAAAAUUAGAGUCGAAGGUUCGCAUAUGAGCCAUACACAGUCUGCACUAUAGCGGUGGCUCGAUUAGUUCCCACACGGAUUUCAACCUAUCAACAAACAAUAGUUCUACACUUGAGGCGUUUAUAUACGAAAUGAAUUUUCUGCUGCGAUUCAUAGUGUUUUUACUAGACCCCUCGGGUUUAGGACGUCGUUUACUGAUACGUCCUGUGCUCAAGAUAGGACACAAUGUCUACGACGACCUCAAGAGCAGAGCUGAUGAAAAGGUUGGCACACUCAAGGAGUUAGUUUUGCGUGUCGGAUUAAUUGCAUUUGCUGUGGUGUUGAUAAUUUGGAUAGCAGUGUUUAUGUAUGUCGCCUUUUAUUAUACAUACAUGCCGGCUAUAUCACACACACGCCCAGUUCACAUGCAAUUCAAAUCCUGUUUAGACUCUGCAACACCUUGCACAUUUCCGCACGCGCAUGUUUCACUUACGAAAAAACAGCAGUUGUUAAUGGUAGGUCAGGCAUACCGCGUAGUUAUGCAAAUCGAAAUGCCUGAAUCGCCGCAAAACUUAGAAUUGGGCAUGUUCAUGGUUUGUGGUGAGAUGCGCGAUAAUAACGCUCUACUACGUGGACAGUCUUGCCGUUCCGCUAUGAUGCGCUACCGUUCACCUCUCAUACGCUCUUUAACCACAUGGGCGCUGAGUCCACUUUUUGUGCUUGGCUUGAAAGAAGAAUUUCAGCGCGUGGCAGUGGAAAUAUUUGCACACUAUUUAGAAGAGCGACAACAUCCAAUAACUGACGUCUUCGUAGAAAUUCAAUCGCAAAAGAUACAAUUUUACACAGUCUCGUUGUACAUAGUCGCUGAUUUUACCGGCCUGCGGUACAUUAUGUACAAUUGGCCAAUACUUUCGGCUAUUGUUGCAAUCAGCACCAAUUUGUUCUUUAUUUUGGUAAUAUUCCUACUCAGUUGGUAUCAUUGGUCUGACACAACUUGGUUGCAUAAUUUGCGCAAAAAAUAUGGACGCAUUACUGAAACUUUACAGAGCAAAGCUAGCAAGGCGAUUGAGUCGAAAACUGGCUUCAGGGAUGACGAGGAUUUAAGUUUCUUGGAUGACAAAUCCAACGCCUCAGAAAUAGAUGAGAUUGGAGGCAGCAGUGAUAGCCGCAGCAGUAGUAAAGAGGAACUGUUGGGUAGUAAGCCAAGCAAGGGCAAUGAGGGACAGGAGCUGCAUCAGCGUAGUUCCCAAGAAUUGUUUUAAGUUAUCAAAUGUUGUUAAGCUCAAAGAAUUUUUGCCGGAGGGAUAUUGAAUAUUUAAUAUUAAAUCGAAGGGCACAUAUAGCUUUACUAUUGUUUUAGAUAGUUUUAAGCUGAAGUCCACAUUCAUAUGCACACGGUAUUGCUAUUCCAAUAUUUCAAAACACAUUAUAAAACUUA